AUGGGUGAACGCUUAAUAAAGCGCUUCGAGGUUAAACUCGGAGCCGUGUUGCGACAGGCGCACAAAGAAAGCGGCGGCGCACCGGCCUUGGGGAGUUCGUCGACCGACUUUUGCACUUCGCAAGGUUUCGCCAAUCGGGCCUCUCUGCUCCAGGAUAUUGCCAAUUUCGUCGAGCGAUCUCAAGGCUGCGCUCCGGGCCGCGCUGGCCGCGCUUGCUUAUCGUCGGCGGGAAACUUUUGCGCGCGUGCUUGUGUUAACCCGAAUACAUUUAAUAAA